UCCAGCGCUGGAAAACGUGCUGCGGUCGGGGUGGUGCGCCUUGUGUGGACCCCGCCAGCGCGGAUCUGCCUUGCCAGCCUGCCGUCGGCCUCUGCGGAAACUCCCACCCUGACAUAACACCUGAUGAAUCUCUUAAUGUUUUCCGCCCAUGUCCGCUCCCGUGUCCUAAUGAUGCCUGGAAGAAGCGGGGUGUUCUCAAUUUCUCCAGCAGUAUAAUCACUAUAAAUCCAAUGUGGAAAUUUUCAAGUUGCAACCUAAUAAACCCAGCAAAGAACUGACAGAGCUGGUGAUGUUUAUGGCACAGAUUGGUCACUGCUACCCAGAUCAUCUAAGUAACUUCCCUCAAGAGCUGAAAGAUCUUCUCUCCUACAAUCACACUGUUUUGGAUCCAGAUCUCCGAAUGACAUUUUGCAAGGCUUUGAUCUUACUACGAAACAAGAAUCUUAUCAACCCAUCAUGCUUGCUGGAGCUGUUCUUUGAGCUUCUGCGUUGCCACGACAAGCUUCUAAGGAAGACUUUGUACACACAUAUUGUAACUGAUAUCAAGAAUAUAAAUUCAAAGCACAAGAACAACAAAGUGAACACAGUUUUACAGAACUUCAUGUAUACCAUGUUGAGAGACAGCAACGCAACUGCAGCUAAGAUGUCCCUGGAUGUGAUGAUUGAACUCUAUAGAAGAAACAUCUGGAAUGAUGCCAAAACUGUCAAUGUUAUCACAACUGCGUGUUUCUCCAAGGUCACGAAGAUAUUGGUUGCUGCUUUGACGUUCUUCCUUGGGAAAGAUGAAGAUGAGAAACAAAACAGCGACUCAGAAUCUGAGGAUGAAGGACUCACAGCCAGAGACCUGCUAGUGCAGUAUGCUACCGGGAAGAAGAGCUCCAAAAACAAGAAGAAGUUGGAAAAGGCAAUGAAAGUGCUCAAGAAACAAAAGAAGAAGAAGAAACCAGAGGUGUUUAACUUUUCAGCUAUUCACUUGAUUCAUGAUCCCCAAGACUUUGCAGAAAAGCUUCUGAAGCAGCUGGAGAGCUCUAAGGAGAGGUUUGAGGUGAAGAUGAUGCUCAUGAACCUCAUCUCCAGACUGGUGGGAAUUCACGAGCUUUUCCUCUUCAACUUCUAUCCCUUUGUACAAAGAUUUCUGCAGCCCCACCAGAGAGAAGUCACGAAGAUCCUUCUGUUCGCUGCACAGGCCUCACAUCACCUGGUACCCCCAGAGAUCAUUCAGUCAUUGCUCAUGACUGUGGCCAACAAUUUUGUUUCCGACAAGAACUCUGGGGAAGUCAUGACAGUAGGAAUCAAUGCCAUAAAAGAAAUAACAGCUCGAUGUCCUCUAGCCAUGACAGAAGAACUUCUCCAAGACCUGGCCCAGUAUAAGACACACAAAGAUAAGAAUGUGAUGAUGUCUGCCAGAACUUUGAUCCAGCUCUUCCGGACACUUAAUCCUCAGAUGUUGCAGAAGAAAUUCCGGGGUAAACCUACAGAAGCUUCCAUAGAAGCAAGAAUACAGGAAUACGGAGAAUUAGAUGCUAAAGAUUACAUUCCAGGAGCAGAGGUGCUGGAGGUUGAGAAGGAAGAGAAAACUGAAAAUGAUGAAGAUGGAUGGGAAAGUGCCAGUCUCAGUGAGGACGAGCAGGAGGAGGAGGGUGGUGAAUGGGUCGAUGUGCACCACUCUUCCGAUGAAGAACAACAAGAAAUUGCCAGGAAGCUGGACAGCAUGCCUGUGGAGGAGCGGAAAGCCAAAGCUGCAGCCAUCAGCACAAGUCGAGUUUUAACACAGGAUGACUUCCAGAAAAUCCGCUUGGCACAGAUGAGGAAAGAACUGGAUGCUGCCCCCGGGAAAGCUCAAAAGAGGAAAUAUAUUGAAGUAGACAGCGAUGAGGAGUCCAGGGGUGAAUUACUGUCUCUUCGAGACAUUGAGCGCCUUCAUAAAAAACCAAAGUCUGACAAGGAGACAAGACUAGCAACCGCAAUGGCUGGAAAGACAGACCGGAAGGAAUUUGUGAGGAAGAAAACCAAAAUAAACCCAUUUUCCAGUUCUACAAAUAAAGAGAAGAAAAAGCAAAAGAACUUUAUGAUGAUGCGAUACAGCCAGAAUGUCCGGUCCAAAAACAAGCGUUCCUUCCGGGAAAAGCAGCUUGCACUACGAGAUGCACUUUUGAAAAAGAGGAAAAGGAUGAAGUAACUUGCAGUUUCCCAUUCCAUGCUGAAAGCUAAAUUUGUAUCAUUAGUCUGAAAAUUAGUAAAUCAAGAAUAUUUGUCUGCAUUAAAGAGUCAAGAAGACCAUAUUUUACAAACCACGGUAAACCUGGUAGCAAUUUGGUACUUUUAAUUUGGUGGUAGUCAUGUGUGAAAUGGAAAUAAUAGUGGUGUUAAAAGUCAUUUUCACUGGGUGUGGUGGUGCACACCUUUAAUCCCAGCACUCGGGACGCAGAGGUAGGAGUAUCACCAUGAGUUCAAGGCCACCGUGAGACUACACAGUGAAUUCCAGGUCAGCCUGAACUAGAGUGAGACCCUGUCUUGGGGGGUAGGGGGGAGUCAUUUUCAUUUAACUCAUACCAAAAAAAUGAAGUGCCUGUGAAUUGUCACUGAAUCUGUAAUUAAUGAGCCAUAGGCCCUCCAUUCUAGCAUUCACAGCUGGUGGGGCAGGUGUACAUAUUGUGUGUGUUUACAGUGCUGUGUACAUAGUUCCCUUGUAGAGGUGGGUGUGUGGGGUCACUGGGGCCUCACUGACUAACUCUGUAAGGAUGGGAGUUUUAUAUGCUCUGAAAAUAAAACAGGACAAUGUUACAA